AUGAGCGAUGAUUUGGUGUAUAGUAUUAAACACUCUAAUCCCAGUGCUGAGGUCAAUAUAGAUGAUUUUGGUGUACAACAAUUGGUUUUAUUUGAGACUGAUCGCCUGCUUAGGUCAUCAACACCUUCAAAGUCUGUUGUUGAUUUUCACUUGCCCAUGCUAACUGAAGAUACUGUAGAAGAAAAACAGGAACAAGUCCUUAUAUUUGUUUAUGGCCCUGGAGGAACUGGAAUAGUUUCUCUACUCCUUGGAUCAGGAAGAAUUGUUCAUUCUAAAUUCAAUAUUCCAAUUGACUUUUCGAAUUCAUAUGCAUGCAAUAUUAGAAAGCAUACAAUGCUUGUUGAACUACUAAAACACACUUCUAUUGUUAUAUGGGAUGAGGCACCGAUGAGUGACAGACGUUGUUUUGAAUGUUUGGAUCGGUCCUUAAGAGAUAUCCUUGAAUGCAAUACGAAACCUUUUGGUGUUAUGUCAAUGUUAUUAGGUGGUGAUUUCCGGCAAACCUUAACUGUCUCUCCAAAUAGUACACCAUCUGAAAUUAUUUCACUGACCUUACCAAAUUCAACCAUAGGGCCAUAUUUUACGUUACAUAAAUUGAAUGAUAGUAUGAGGCUUAAAGGAUAUUCCCAUUCAUCAGAAGCAGAUUUAAGUAUGAGUCAGUUUGCAUCUUGGUUACUAAAGGUUGGAGAUGGAAUGAUUGGUGAAAUUGAUACAGUUGAUAAGAAAAAUAGUAAAUGGAUUGAAAUUUCUGAUUCGUUUCUUAUACCCGCAUCAGAAAACACUUUACAUGCUCUUAUAGAUUUUGUUUAUGGGGAUGUUCUUCUGUUUAAAGUUCUGUCAGAUGUCUUAUCUGGUAGAGCAAUUGUCUGUCCCAAAAAUGACACGGUCCAAAAAAUAAAUGACAUGGUUUUGCUAAAAAGUCAUGGUUCUUCAAAGAUAUAUGAAAGUGCUGAUAGUAUUGAAUACAAUGGCAAGCAAAGUACAGACUUUAAUAGUUUCUAUCCGUUGGAAUAUUUGAAUUCAUUGAUUUUUUUUUCCAUUCCUGCACACUCACAAUCAUUAAAAAUUGACCCACCAAUCAUGCUAAUUCGCAAUAUAAACCAAAAAGAAGGUUUAUGCAACGGAACAAGAUUAAUGGUUUCACAGUUACUGCCAAAUGUAAUUGAGGCAUUAAUUAUUACCGGUACCUGUGUUGGCAAGAAAGUUUUCCUACCUCGUAUUAGAUUUGUUCACAAAGCCAUUGAUAUGCCAUUUACCUUCAUAAGAAAGCAAUUUCCAGUUAAAGUAUGUUAUGCUAUUGCGAUCAAUAAAAGUCAAGGGCAAUCCUUAAAGAAAAUUGGAAUUUAUUUACCUGAACAGGUUCGGAUCUUGCCCAUGUGGACGCCACAAAUAAGAAUUCAGGAAACAUGGUUCCUGGCUGUUGACAACGAAAGGAUCAAGGAUUUGUGCAGUCUGUCCUUAUUCGUAACAAAUGCUACACAAUUGAAAAAUAUGGAUGUGGAAUCCCAGGCCAUUAUCAAAAAUGGCUAG